AUGAAUUAACCUUAAAGAAGUCUUUCAUAUUUGGGAAUGUCUAAAUCUCGUAUUCUGUAUAUCAUUUAUAAAGAGACUAUAUACCUGAAUAGAAUAGAACAUCUAGUGCAUUUUAUAAAAGAGAUGAGCUAAGCCGGUUAGAUUAAUAAUUAGCCAAAUAUGAAGAGUUUAAGAGAAAUUACAAGAGAAAUGAAUAAAAAUAUUCUUAUUUCUAAUAAUAGCCUAAGGAUUUGAAUUAAUCCUUUGUGGAAGAACGAUACUAAAAUUCUUAUAAUUAUCGACCUAAUUANGUGUUGAGAAAGUACUACAUAAACCUACUUAAGAUUAUUAUGCAUUAAAAGUAUCAUAAUUUCUUAUCCUCAUAGAAAAUACAUUAUGUUAGCAAUGAUAUUUAGGAAUCACUAUUGAAGAAAGAAUUAAAGGCUUUAAUUGAUUGCAAUUCAUAAUAUGUUGUUUAAUGUUAUGGAGCAUUUUAUUCUAAAGGAGAAAUCUAUAUUGUUAUGGAGUACAUGGAUAUGGGAUCAUUGUAGAUAAUCUUAGAAAAAACCAAAAAAAUACCAGAAUCAAUUACAAUGUUGAUAAUUAAAGAAGUUCUUUAAGGGUUAGAUUAUUUGCAUACAAAUAAACAUAUCAUACAUAGAGAUAUCAAACCUCAUAAUAUCUUAAUAAAUAAAAAGGGAGAAGUUAAAAUUGGUGAUUUUGGAAUUUGUUCUGUUAGUGAGAAUUCAGAUUAGAAAUUUGAUACAUUUAUUGGUACAAUUUAAUAUAUGUCUCCUGAAAGAUUAAAUGGAGAAGAGUAUGGAUAUGAUUGUGAUAUUUGGAGUGUAGGAAUGAUGACUAUGUAAUGUAUAACAGGUCUCUUACCAUUUGAAUUUGAUGCCAAAAAAAUGAGUAUGAUAGAAUACAUUUAAAUGAGUAAGAAUUUUAAGAUUGAUGAAUACUUUCAAUAACAUAAACAUGGAAUUUCUGAAAACACUAUCUUAUUUAUAUCUAAAUGGUAUUAUUAUUUUUUUUAUUAAUCUUUUUUAGUUUGCAAUAAGAACCAAAACAUAGAACUAAAGCUUAAGAAUUAUUAUAAACAAAAGCUAUCAAGUACACAUAGUCUCUAAAGAUUGAUGUAUUUAAACAAUGGUUGUAGUUGUCUAUAGAGGAAAUUUGA